GACGUUCUAGCUUAACUCAGACGUGUUGUGUAUGUGGUCAACGCGAUUCGACGCUUCCAGUUUAAUUAAUUUAAUUGCAUCUGUGUCAGGAAAUUGGCCGGGAUGCUGGGAUUUAAAGUGUUGCUUGCGAUGACAGCCUUCAUCAGUUUGGCCUCCGGAGAUUGCAGGAUUGUUCUACGAAGCAAUUCAUCCCACGAAAAAGCACCAUUAUUUCUAAGCCAGGAUAGAUCUUUGUACGUGCUACAAAAACCAAAGGGAUCAAACUUCCGGUGGAACAACGGAGAAACCCUAAUCGUUGGUUGUGCAAAUGCCAAAAAUAAAAUUGCAAGUUCCAACUCAAACCUGGCCAACGUAACCUGCGUCAACGGUGAACAGUUUCGUUUGAGUGGUAAAAAAGUGACCUACGGAAGCCUCAACUGUUCAUCGAGCGUAUCUGCCUCUAUAAAAGCCCAGAAUCGUCCGUGCGCGGCCGGAACUGGAAAGCUGUUUGAUAUUGGCUUCGAAGUGCUUGGAGUUCCGUUUGUGAAAUAUUUUCAGUCAUGCUACAACGAUGCCAAAUCAUCAGUUCUGUACACCGAGCAUGAACUGCUAGGAGGAUCGAUCGAUGUUGCUCAAAUCGACAACGACCGGCCGGCGUUCAAGGUGGGUGAGCUGAAAAGUAAGGUACGAUUCUCGUCGGUGUACACCCAAACCUCUCAACGAAACAGGCUUGCGACGCUGCUGGGUUCCGAGGAAGCGGCUCAACGGUACAUCUCGCCAGGAUCAUUCUUCGCCAAAGGACAUCUUACGCCGGACGGCGAUGCGGUUCUGGACACCUGGGCCGACGCCACCUAUUUCUACAUCAAUGCCGCCCCGGAAUGGCAGGUCAUCAACGUGGGCAAUUGGCUGCGGGUUGAAAAUGCCGCCCGGAAGGUGGCAGCCCGGCUCAACGAUACCGUUCGAGUGUUCACCGGAGUGUACGAUGUGCUGCAGCUGCCGGAUGCCAACGGCCGGCCAGUUUCAAUCACUUUGGCGGAAAAUUCCCAGCUGGAAGCCCCGAAAUGGUUCUGGAAGAUUGUGCACCACUCCGGGUCCGAUUCAGCCAUCGCCCUGGUAACGCUGAACAAUCCGUUUGCGUCGGAGGGUGAGCACCUGUGCCCGGACGUGUGCGACCGGUUCGGGUGGGGCCACAAGGAGUUCCGGGAGCUGCCACGGGGGUUCACCUACUGCUGCUCGGUGCAGGACCUCCGCAAGGCAAUCAAAUUCAUUCCGUCGAAAGCAGACGCUGCCAACAUUCUUCGAUUUAAUUAAAUUGUUUUCUCCGACUCUGGUGAAUCGUUUUGAGGUGAAAAAUUGGCAUUUCGUGUCUGGAACUGAGUUCUACGCCAAACAAAUGAACAAGUCCGGCAAACAUUUUGAUCAAAAUACGCGAGAAUAAAAUUCAAUGAAUACAGUCAUCCCACAUAUUCGGAACACCCACAAAUUCGGAACACUUUUAUGAUAAUUUUUCAAUAGCAUGCCAAAAGUAGCUUUUCUGUCGACUCUACUAUUUUUAGAACCUUCAUUUGGACAUUAUCUAGCUAUUUCACUAGUAAAAGUAAUACUUUUUGAACAAAAAACUUCAUUUCAAGACUAUUUUGUCCAGAUCAGCAAAACACUGCCUCCAAAUGGCCUGUUUCAUAAUUGUGGGAUGUUAUUGUGCCUUCCACAAUUGUGGAACACCUGAAUUUAACUGAUAUUUUCACAAAAAAGUUAUCAAACCAUGUAUAAUACAUCACUAAGCUUGAGUUUCAUUGGUUUCAGUGUGUGAAGUCAUUAUUUGGUAAUAAAUAUGUACUCCUAGAGAGAUCCAAAGUUUGUUUACAUUCGUAAGAAAAAAGUGUUCCGAAUUUGUGGAUUUCAAGGGUCAAAGUAAUUCUCCAAAAACUUCAUAUAAAAGUUAAAAUUUGCAGAUGUUCGAUACAGCAUUCGAAAGAUCGCAAGAAAAGCUUUCAAAUGAAGGUAAAAGCGAAUCAUUAAGUUCAAUUAUCGAUUUGCUAUGAUUUUUUGAACAUUGGCCGAUCUGGAAACCGUUCCGAAUAUGUGGGAUGACUGUAUGCAUGCAAACAACAAGAGUGUUCUUUGUUUGGAAUGUUUCAUCGGGAGUUGAUUCCGCAAACGGUCAAGAGGUUCCAUCACGAAAACGUUCCUUCCAAACAUUGAUACGACUAUCAAAAUCCAUUUCCACCCAGGAAAAAAGUAUGUUUGAUUCAAUUUCAACCACUCUCGAAUUUUUCACCGUGAAGAUUUCCACUCCGCGGGGUCUUUUCAUUAAAAAAAGGGUCACUGUGGAGUUUCUUGCUCUGUUUGCGAAUUGAAACAAGCCUCGUCCUCCAAAAGUCGACAUACCUGGUCGAUGGUGCACUGGAAUGUGAAUGAGUGCCUUCUUUUUUUUACGCUCCUCAGAGCGCACGUACUUCAACCAGCACUCGUUUUGCGAAAUUCCACAAGUCAAAUUAAAAAUACACGGAAGAUUUCAGCCUCCCCCCGGCACGGUGUGAGAAACAGCAGUGAAUUGGAUUUCUUGGUAUCUUCAUUUCGUUGGUCAAAAUUUGUCAAAAAUUGAUAUUUAUUGAGUCUUGAUUUUUAAAGCUUGAUAUUUUAGUAAGUUUUUUCUUAAUUGUUCUUACUCUUGGUGACACUCUGAUUUACAAGUAAUAUUUUUUUCCAAAAUGGAUUAUGAUGUAACACACAGCUGUAAAGAAUUCCAAAACUCAAAAGAACUUAUUGUACCUUGAUUGUUCACCAAUAAAACCGAAUUGAAUUGAAUUGAAUUAU